AUGGAAACACGUACCCAAGAACUUAAUCCUAGUUUUAGUCGUCGAUCCAGGACGGAACUGACUGGAAACCGAACGCGGCAUUUGUUUACGUUCAAUCCGAAUUCGGCAAAACCCGGGGAAGAAAUCUACGUCAAUAUUCCAAAACUCAAACCGGAUUCUGUUCUGGUUCCCGAUAGUAUGGCAUUAAUUUUUGACUUUAAAAAUGCCAACGAAAAAUCAUGGUUCCGAAAUAACUUGGGAAAAUUAUUACAGAAAAGAUUAGAGAUUCGUCUUGCCGGUGAAAAAGUUUACGAUAACAGCGGUGAAAGUUUACUGGAAAUUUACAAGGACUUGUGGAUGGACGAGAAACAACGCGCGGAUAGGAUACAGGAUGGAAUUACGACCGAAGCCGUUCGUAAGAAAAUCUCCAAGGACGACGAGGCCAAUGCCGAUGCCGAUGCGACUGCACUGUUUGGAAUUUUCGGAACGAAACAACGGUUGAAGAUCACGAAGAUCUUAGGCGAUCACGGAUUGUAUGCUCCGUAUCAUUCGGUCAACGAUCUUCAAUACGUGAUCACGUUACCACAAGCGUCCGAAAUCAUGAAUGCACAAAGCGGUGAAACCGUCGAUGGAUAUUCUUUGGAAAAUUUGGAAUUGGAAUACGAAAGUAUCGAAAAUGUGAAUCUUGCACGAAAAUCCGAAUGUCUCUACGGAGCCGAACGCGAAUUAUCUUUCGAACAUGUCACGUUGAUGAAAAAGACCGAAUGGGAUAAAAGUCUGACGAUCGUGAACGAAACCGUGAAUCUUCCGCGACGAAGUAUGAAAGCCAUCGUCAUGCUUUUCACGGAAAAAACACCGACCGACAGCGAAGAAUACGUCUUUCCAAAUAUCGAUAAGGUGAAAGUCACGAUCGAAGGUGUUCCGAACGUCGUGUACAGUCAGGGCAUGACAAAGACGCGAAUGUACGAAGAAGCCAAACGUCUUUUUGGAUCCGAUUCGAACGGACAACAGUCUCUGAUUAAAUUUUACAAGGAUAAAAAGUUUGCAUUGGUCAUCGACUUGCGAACGCCAAACGAUGCCAAGACGUACGGAAACGGAGUGAAGAUUCAAAAUACACAAUCUGGAAUCCUGAUCGAAAUUAUGAAAAAAGCGACGAUGACCAACGUCCUUUGUUACACGUUCGUUCUUUCGGACGGCGUGAUUAAAAUGACCAACGGACAAUUGAGCGGCGUGCGAUAUUAAAAAAUGAUGGAAAUCACUAUAUUUUCAUAUUUUUAAAAUAUGAAAAAAAUCCCUAUUCUGUUUUUUCAUCCUCUUCCUCUUUUACGUCUUCCAUACCUUUUCUUCUUACGUACAUGUGUUUCAUCUUCGUCACGCUGCCGCUAAAAAUUCCCUGGUACGGAAUGUACGGCGAUGUUUUUUCCACGAGACUUUUCACGUCGCUUUUAAAUAAUUUGUCCUGGUUUAAUUCUUCUUUUAAUUCUUCGCCGCUAUCGAUCAUACGAAUAUUUUCCAACAAUCCCGAAAAUUUUUCGAUCAGGACAUCUGUUAGCAAAACGUUGGCUUUUUCGUGUUGAUUACGAAUGUAUUCUCGCCUGAUCUUAAAAAUGACAUUGGGCGUUGCUUUUUUCAGAUAGGCUUCGGACUGUUUAAUCUCACCCGAGUUUGAUAACUGGAUUAAUUCGGUCCUCGUAUCCUCAAAUAAUUCUUGUUCCGUUCUUUCAGGAUUCUCUUCUCCUUCCAUUUUACUUAUACUUUAUUUCAUAACGAUAUGGAUGAAUUAAAUUUAUUUCCAGGUACAAAUAUUUAUUUUCUUUUAACUUUUCGCGAAUGGAUCUUAGUUUCUGCGGAUUUUCGUCCCCCAAAUAUUCGUCCAAGAUAAUUUUCAUAUCCUGUCUGUUCGGAUUGUAAAACGUCACCAGUUUCUGAAUAUUUUUGCGGUACGGUUUGGCAAUCGAUGUCAACUGUUGUGUGAUCACGAUCGUCGAAAUCUGGCGAUGACGUGCACCGAAUCCUAAUUUCACCAAUUCGCUCGUACGAUUCUUUACGGAUUUUGUACUGGCACAAUCGUCCAGGAUAAUCAAUGCAUCUUUUCCGGACGCAAAAUACACGACGGAUUUUAACAAAUCUUCCACGUCGUCGUGAUGACACGGAAUGACAAAAAAGUUGGGAUCGUUGUAAAUAAAAUUCUGGUCGUACGUCCUGUUCCAAUGAUACGUCGGACAGAUUAAAAAUAUUUCGGAAAAUUGACGAAAAUACGUCGUCUUCAAUUCUUCGAUCAAAUAAUAUGUUUUUCCACACGCCGUCAUUCCCACGACGAUCAUGUUAAACGGGUUCAUUUAAUUAAAAGAUGGGAUGCCUUUCUUCAAAAUCCGAAAGUGUUGUUAAAGAUAAUAAGAAUCACAAGAGACGAAAAAUGUUCAGUUUGGGAUUCGGAUUCGAUCGCGGGGAUGCAACGACAAGCAUUCAUACGCAGAUCGGAUACGUCAGUACGACCGUUAAAAACUACGAUGGAAUAAAUGAAAUUAUUCCUGUGGAGAAUGUUACUGUGGACGAGUCUGAUCGGUUGUCUUCUGAUCCCGAUCACGUUCGAACUGUUGUUGAUCCUGAUCAUCCUGAAUAAAUUUUAAUUUUUAAUAAAAAUUAAAAUUUCUCACGCGGACGGUGUGUAAACCGGUAAUUCUUCUUUUUUCUUUUCUUUCUCGCGACACAUCUUGAUCAACUUUGUACAUACGAAUAACAAGAUGGAUAAUGCAGACGAGGCACAGAUGGCACGUCGCGUACAAAACGUCGGCUUCUCUUUCCGUUAAUCUCACGUUCGGAAUUUCCGUUUCGUUGCUGCCCGCUAAUUUCAUCGCGGAAUAAAGUACCGUUGUUGCUGGAUUCAUUCUUUUAUUUAACGGGAUUUUUUUAAAUGUUUUUUACAUUAAAAAAUUAAUUUCAAUCUAAUCCUGUAAAAGUCUUUUUCUCGGUGCCUUUGGUUUUUCUUCCGUUAUACUUGCUUCGUAUAAUUUUACCUGAAUAGUAGUUGUUUUCCCGGAUACAAAAAUUCCCUUGAUUCGAAUGAUCGCAUCGAUACAAAAUCUUUUAUCCAAGUAUUUUUCGGAAUCGAUGGGAUUGUUCCCUUUCGGUUCGUAUAUUUCCGUUUCGUUAUCGAUCUUUGGGUACAAGAUCGGGGUGUUGUCUUUUCGAUAAAGACAUUUCAUUAUCUUUUCGUCGGGUUUACCGACAUGUUUUGCACAUUCUUUUUCUAUUAAUUCUAAAACCGAGAUAAACUCGGGUUUUUCAAAAAGAGAUAAGGAGACGGAAUAUUUUUCCCUGUCGAAUUUACUCCUACUCACUCCGUAGGAUCUACAGUUCGUAACCUUUAGUAAAAGAGGUCCUUGAUCGCAUGCCGUUAGAUUUAUGGUUUUAGAUCCGUAACUGUUCCCAACGGCAUCUUCGAAACGGAACGAAUCUUUGGUGAAGUCCGAGACUUUGGUGAUAGACAUUUUUUUUCCUUUAUUAUAGAUUUUUUUAUUCGUAUAAGGUGUUACGGGUUCACCCAAUUUUCCACAAUUCCCGUAGGGAGGCAUGCCGGGUUUUUUUCAAUACUCCGAACGACUAUUGAAAAAAUGGCAGGUAGUAACUCUGGUUCCGGAUUUCUACGAUCUUUUUCUUUAUACUUUUUUUUUAUUUAUAUAAGGUGUUGAUGGUUUUUUUUAAAAAAAAAAAUUUUCCAAGAAUGAAUCUUGGGAAAAAAAAAAAAAAUUCCCGGGGAAUGGAUUUAUGGAAACUAUUUUCUAAAACUUGGGAAUGAAUCUUGAAAAAAAAUCCUGGGAUGAAUUUCCGGAAAAUCUUAAAAAAAUUAUGGGGACGAUUUUUCUAGAAAUCUCGGGAAAAAGUCCUGGGGAUGAAAUCCCGAAAUCCUGGAGAAAAAAUCCUGGGGACGAAAUCCCGAAAUCCUGGAAAAAAAAUCCUGGGGACGAAAUCUAGGGAUGGGGACUAAAAGGACCAAGGGGUUAAGGGAUGAAGGGAUGAAGGGCUGAAGGGCUGAAGACACUAUAUUUUGUAUAACAUGAAGUUUGUGCUCAGAUCGGCUUUUUGACACUACUGCGGGAUAGGGAGGCAGAGUUCUCACGGAGGAGCCAAGGAGAAAUCUCAUCUGGACCUGCCGCCGAAUGAGAUUUAGCACGUUAUUCCAUUAUGACCGUAUGCUAGUGAAACGUAGCCUAUUUCAUUGUUCCGACAGCAUUAGAGCAAAACUAAUGACUUAUAAUUAUAAACGCAAAGGAAAUUUCCAAACAUUUUCUAUUUACAAAUGCGGUAUGCUUGGUAACCAGGCCAGGGACCACUUUUUUGAAAUCAGGGACCAUUUUACCGAAAUCUGCUAGGCUCUCUCGCUGAAGCGUUCCGCACAGCACACCCAGGCAUAAAACUUUUAAGACUUAUUUAAAUACAUCAAAUCAGCGAUUAGAGAGAGAGCCUGGGUCUAAGCUGUCUCUGAUAUAUACCGAUGCUCCUUUACGGAGCAAGAGAGUGAGGAGUCAAAAGAUGCCGUGGCUUACUGAUACAAUAAAACUCAAUAUGAAUCGUAGAGACUAUUUUAAGAAAAAAGCGGUAAAAUAAUUAUUUGUGGUAUCAUAAUGCAUAGAAGGCUCUACGUAAUGAGAUAACAAAGAUGUCAUUUGGGAUAAAAGGAAACAUUAUGUAAAAUCAAUUGAGGAAAACAUGGGAAACCCUAAACUUAUGUGGAAACACUUAAAUUGUCUGCUAAAUAGAAAGUGUAAACGUACUGGUGUACAAGCCAUUAAAACUGACGAGGGAGACGCUGCGAUAGCCCUUUUUGAGAGCCAGUCAAUAGCCGAACUGUUUAAUGAGUAUUUUUCUAAUAUUGGUUCAUCCUUAUCAAACCAAAUAACAAGCAUAAAUAGCCAGGGUUUUGAAAGUUACAUGACGCAUGAAGCUUCUGGAAUAUUUGAAUUUGCGACUGUUGUUAGCACAAUUGUACUUAUUGAACUGGAAAAAUUAAACUCGUCUAAAUCGACAGGCCCAGAUAAUAUCCCAGUUAAACUGUUAAAAGACUCCAAAGAGACACUUGCACCUUUCUUGGCAUAUAUAUUUAAUACUUCCCAAUGUAGUGCGAUAUUCCACGAUAACCUUAAGGUGGAAAGAGUCUCACCAAUUUAUAAAGAAGGUGAUAAUAAUAAUAAAAAAAUAAUAAUAAUAAUGGUUUAAUAGCAUUUCCACAUUGUGGCUAUUCUAUGCUACAAAAGGUUACAUGCAUAGAUUAUGACAACAUUAAAUUACUACAAUAUUAUAGUAUACUAG